AUUGAAAAUGUCAGUUGUGCAGUAAUGUCCGUCAGGGGUGGUUGUAUUUGACUCAGUUCGUUUCAAAUUACGAUUUUUAUUUUUUUUGCAUCGUUUCAAAAAUAUAUUUAAUAAUCGUGGAAAAAAUAUUUGGGUAUUAACUUUAAAUACGCUUGUGAAGUGUAAGUGAUAAAAAUUUGCUAUUAUCGAUUUAAACAGGUGAUGCCGAUGUUCGGUUCACCCCGAAUGGAUCGAUAUCGGUGACUUCGGGUUCGGUUCUUAUUAAAGCGUCCCGAGGGGUGAGUGAAGAUGGAGAAGUCAGCACGACCACGGACGGCUCUGAACGAGUGUGUCAAGGUGGUGGUGAGAUGUCGCCCGCUCUCAGACAAGGAGAAGAACGAGGGCCAUGAUGAGGUUGUGAAGGUUUGGGCGGAGCGCGGCGCGGUGCAAGUCUACAACCCCAAGGGCGAGGACAAACUGUUCACAUACGAUGCCGCGUACGACUGCACCGCGGACACACAGACCAUUUACGAUGAAAUGGUCCGGCCGCUGGUGGCGUCCGUCCUCGACGGGUUCAACGGCUGUGUGUUCGCCUACGGUCAGACGGGCACCGGUAAGACACACACCAUGGAGGGCACUCCGCAACACGAGGGGAUCAUCCCGCGCGCCUUCAGACACAUCUGGGCGCACAUCGAGAACACGGCCUCGCCUGACGUCACACACCUCGUGUCCUGCUCCUACGUCGAGCUCUACCUCGAGGACAUACGGGACUUACUCUCCAAAGACUGCAAGAAGCUCACUAUACGAGGCCAGGAGCUGAACGGGUUCUACAUCCCGGAAAUGACGUCAGUGGUGUGCAAAUCCGCGGCGGAGAUGGUGAGGGUGAUGGCGUCCGGCAACAAACACCGCGCCGCCGCCAGGACCGACAUGAACGAGCACUCCUCACGCUCGCACGCUGUGUUCCUCGUCACGCUGGAGACGGCUCACCGCGCCACCAACAGGAUUCGCGUGGGAAAGUUGAACCUGGUGGACCUGGCGGGUAGUGAGCGCCAGAGGAAGACGGGAGCCGGCGCCGAGCGGCUGAGGGAAGCCGCCCGCAUCAACCAGGCGCUCUCCAGCCUCGGGAACGUCAUCUCCGCCCUCGCCGAGAACAGCCCGCACGUGCCCUACAGAGACUCCAAACUCACUCGGAUCCUGCAGGACUCCCUGGGAGGAAACAGCAAAACCAUAAUGAUAGCGAACAUCGGACCGGCUUCUUACAACUACGACGAGACCAUCACCACACUCAGAUACGCGCAUCGAGCGAAAGCAAUAAAGAACAAGCCCGUGAGAAACGAGGACCCCAAGGACGCUAAGCUGAGGGAGUACCAAGCGGAGAUCGAGAGGCUUAGGACGCUCAUAGAGAGAAGGAAAGCCGCCGAGAGACGUAAGAAGAACAGACCUCAGAGACGGAACAGAGCGGAGUCCGAAGAAGACACGACCAGUAUAGAGAACGAACAUAUUUUGGCAGAAUCAACCAUAGAACAGGAAAAGAAUAAAACCGAGGAGCUAGAGUCGCAAAUAAAGGCAUUGGAGGAGCGACUGGUUCAGGGUGGAGGAGGCAAGGACCUGAUAAACAACUUGAACGAGACGCAACAGAUCCUAGAGCAGAGGAACCUUGAGAUAGCGGAGAGGAAGAAGAGGGAGGUAGAGAUGCAGCAGAAGAUAGACCUGGAGGAGGAGACCACCGCCAUCGUUACCAACACAUUCGCCACGCUACAGCAAGAGGUCGACCACAAGACGCAGAGGUUAAAGAAAUGUCUGUCGAAGUACGCGUGUCUCCGGGAGGAGGGCGUGGAGCAGCGCGAGGCACAUGACGCAGAGAGGCGCGAGCACGAGGCGCUACACGCCGCUCUCCUGGCCGAGCUGAGGAGGAGGCUGCUGCUGGCCGACAGCUUCGUGCCGGAGGCGGGGCGCGCCACCGUGCUGCGGCUCCGCUACAACGACGAUACGGACUCCUGGGAGCUGCCCGCGCACAGCGGGGCCGAGCCACUCACCGCCCGGCCCGUGGCGUCCGGCGCCCGGCGGCCCACGUGCGCGCUGGCGCUGGCCGCUGCCGAGCCGCGCCGCCGCAGCCACAACCUGCUGGACCUGCGCCCGCUGCCGCUGCCCCCCACCGCGCGCCGACACCUGCCGCCGCCAGCACCGGCGCCCGCCCCGCCCGCUCCGCGCACACACGCACCUCUCAAGUCUCUGGAGAUGGUCGGCCGCAAGGAGUCCGCCGUGGACCGUGGUCGGCUAAGCACGGCUCGCCCCCGCGCACCCUCGGCUCACCACCGCCUCGGCACGGCCGGCGUUCGGUAGACGUCACCCCGCUCCUCACCCUCUACACCCCUCACCCCCUCACCCCCUUUACAGAGCGGCCGCCGCCCGCACUCUCGCCGACAUCGCUGACCGUGAGUCAGUUCGGCCGCUGUUGGUCGCGAUGUGCGAGCCAGUGGUGUAACCAGACUGUUCUUUGAGUCCAUUAAAGUUAACGAAUUAUAAUGUAACGUAACAUUAAAUAGAUAGUUAUAUAUUGAAGAUGGAGUCGGAUCAUUAACUGUUGCCGCGUUGCCUCAUUCCUCCGGUUCACACAGGUCGGCCCCCGCGCCCCCUCACACUCACACAUUCACACACACCUCUGUAUUUCAUCGUGUGUAGUGUGUGUGCGCGUGUGUGUGCGUGUUUUGUGCUUGUGUGCGUUAGUUAUUUGUAAUGUUUAUAAUAUUAUUUAAAGUGCUCGUCACAAAUUCCGUGGAGAGUGGAGGGCGAUGUUGAUCUCAGUACAUGUUAUCCGCAGCUGUGAAUCGUUUCGUUUUUGCGUAUUUUUUCUACGAGUAUUGGUUUUAGUCUCUUUACGUGCUCGUUUGUUUGUUUUGUAUUAUUAUAUUUUACCUUUGUUGUUUUUAGUCAAUUUUAUUUUUGCUUCAACGCUGCGUCCGUCGAAGCUAGUGAUAUUAGAUAGUCGUCGUAGAAAAGACGGACGUCCGAACCGAAUGUACGGACGGACGGAUUGGCCGGACGGCCAGAACAGCCUAACGUGCGGGUCGAUCAACCGUAUCGAUCGCUGUAAACGCGUACGGGCGUUCCGUACGUCCGUACGUCCGUACUUCCGUACGUCCGUAUGACCGGCCGGUCGGCGGUCGGUCUCGUGAGCUGUUCAAAUGUUACCAAAGAUGGAAACGGUCCAUUCCAACGCGUCGCGCGCCGUCAGAGCAAGUUCCUCUUAAUAUAUUAAUGUUUAAUUAUCGGAUUCGUUAUAUUUUAUUUCCAGACUCGGUUUCUAGUCAAUGAUGUUUUAUAUACAAAUAUUAUGUAAAUAAAUGUUUUAUUGUAGUUAUUUAAAAAACGGAAAAAUAUAUAGCGUAAGUAGAGCUUCGUUCGCACAAUAAUCUCGGAGUCGGCUGCUGAGACUCGAGUCGACUGGCCGAGCGGGUCGGGUGUCACGUGAUAUAUAUAAUAUACUGGAAGGCGCUAGUCAGCUGUGCCCAUACACGCUUACACUCACUAAUAAACAUUUUUAAUUUUUA